AUAGGCUGUAUGCGAAAUAAACUGAAGAUAUAUUUCUCUCAAGGCAACCGUAAUGCAUGGAUGAGUCAUAUCCACCCCUCGCUCUUUAGUAUUGCUACCGGUGGCCUCGCACUGAACAUUAUGAUGAGGAUAUAACCUUCUUCCAUGGCCAUAUAGAUAGAUCUCUCCACAUAUCGCCUCGAAUCUUCAAACCCAUGCCACGCACAACAUUCGCCUUCAUCUCUGGCCACCUCGAUCCGCCCCCCAUUUAUUUCAGCAACUACUACGUACCUCGCAUCAGUGCUGCGAUCCAAUUGGGACAUGGCUUCGUCCUCGGCCCAUCACGGGGCAUCGACACCAUGGCACUCGAGCACCUCCUCUCCUACGGCGUGCCACCCUCGCACAUCACUGUCUUCCUAAGCUCCAACGAGUCCUCCGAGAAGAGCCGCUAUGUAGGCCGCGGCGUUAAUGCCACAAUCGCGGGGAACGGCCAUACGGAGAGAGAUGAGGCGUGCACUAGAGCUUCGCAUUAUGAUAUCCUGCGGUACUUGACGGCGGAGGAGGCGAAGGCACAUUAUGGGCCGAGCUAUAAACCACGGGUAAGUGGGACACAGAAGAAUGAGAUUCGCAGGGGGACUGGGGUUGGGUUGAAGGUUGUGGGGGAGGUGGUGGCGGAUGGGCAGGAGGUGCCGGUGGUGGAGGUGAAUGAAAUGGCGAAGAAGAGGAGGGCGCCCACUGCUGAGGAAGAUACGGGAGGCGAAGGUGACAAGCUGGAGAGUAAUCAGAUUGAGAAGGUGAACAAGCUGGGACAGUUGGAGAAGGGACUGGAAGAGUUGGGCGAGUGAUCAGUCCUUAUGGUGGAGGUGGUACUAUUUAUGCCUUAUCAUAGCUGGCUGGCCCGCGAAUCAGGAAAUGCUGCGGAUAUGCAAUCACGAUAUUCUCAUGCAGGGGAAAAC